CAAUUAUUACACAAUCAUUUACUUGCAGGACUAUGGAGGAAAUAUGCAGAGUUUGCAUGGCAAACUCCGGAGCAUUCACAAAUAUUUUUGAUGAGACACACACAUGGGACACUUGCAUCGCUGACAUGAUAUCACAGUGCACCGGGUACGUGGUUAGGCGAGGCGAUUUACUACCAGAAAACAUAUGUCCGCCCUGCCUCGAGGAUGCAGUGAGUGCAUUCAUCCUUAAGAAAACCUGUGAGCACAGUCAUAAACUCUAUUUCCCAGUGAUGGAGGAGGAUAGAGAAGAAGGCAUCUGUGACAAUCUGGAAGACGAGGAUUGGGAACCCUCAGAUAUUGAAAGUGAGCAAUCGAUCCAAUUUGAACCCGAUGCAGAGGUCCAAAGUGAUAAGGAUCUCGAUAAUCUCUUCAAAUGUAGUCUUUGUCCAAAGAGCUAUACGCGUCAAUCGAAUCUAAAUAGACACAAAAAAAUACACAAUGUGGAACGUCCCUACAAAUGCGCCGACUGCCCAAAAUCCUUUCAUCAAAAAUCCCAGCUCCAAUCACACACUCGAACGCACUCAGGUGAUCAACCUUACCAAUGUUCCUACUGCUCGAAGUUUUUUGCAAAUAAAUAUAAUCUUGAAAGACACACCCAUAAGCACACCGAUGAUCGACCCUUCAAACUUUCGCAAUGCUCGAUGUCGUUUAAACAAAUUGCCCAUCGUCAGAUACAGAACCGCACACAGCUGGGUGAUCGACUCUACCAAUGCUCCCAUCUUCAAGACCACACACGUUUCCCUUCAAGUAAAAAACACUACCUAUGCUCUCACUGCACAAAGUCAUUUAGCUCGCAGGGAUAUCUAAAGAUUCACACCCGUACGCACACAGGUGAACGACCCUAUAUAUGCUCUCACUGUUCAAAGUCUUUCUCCCAACUGUACUGUUUCAAAAGACACCUGCGUUGGCACAGAAAUGAACGACCCUUCAAAUGUUCCGACUGCUCAAAAUCCUUUACAGAAAAACACAAUCUGAAGGCACAUAGCCGUACUCACACUGUAGAGCGACCCCUUCAAUGUUGUCACUGCCCGGAGUCAUUUCAAGAGAAAGAGUCACUCAAAUUGCACAUCCAAAAAUGCGCGAUGGAGCGACCAUAUCAGUGUACCCACUGCUCCAAGUCAUUUAAACAAAAAGCCCAUCACAGCGCACACAUACGUACUCAUACUGGGGAGCGACCGCAUAAAUGUUCUCACUGCUCGAAGUCAUUUACACAACUCUCUCAUCUUCAAAUACACAACCGCACCCACACAGGUGAAAGACCCUACCAGUGCUCACACUGUUCGAAAACCUUCGUACAAGGAUCUACUUUUAACAGACACAUUCGUUCGCAACACGGCUGAACGAGCCUACCAAUGUGCUUAGGGCUCGAAGCUAUUUUAAGAAAAGGCCCAUUUCAACGGUCACAUAAUAUUCUCUCUCACUGGGAAGAACGGCCGAAGUAGUGCUUUCAGUACGAUGCCGGACGUCAACAAUAUUUAAAAAACAAAACGAUGUGCAAAUAAUUUAACUUUGAUGUUGAUAUGGUAGUUAUUUAAAUAAAAAAAUUAUACAAUGACAAACAAAAGGUUUUUAUCC